CCUGUAGUUGGCAACAAAGCUUGAGUAAACAUCGGUGCUGAAUCCUUGCCCAUUUUCGCGCAUGUGCGUUAUGUUUGCAUGAUUAGCGCCUAGGAGAUUCCAAAACACUAUCUUCCCGACACUACAUUAAGCGAAUCCGGAGGUGCAUAAUGAUUUUGUAACAAUGGCGGACGACAUAGAUGAUCUUCUGGACGAAGUGGAGUCCAAAUUCAUAGCUAGCAGCCCUAGAAAAGACGCCAAGAAGAUUACGAAUGUUAAGGUUUCCAAACCGCCGGCCAGGCCCAGAAAACCUGGAGAUGAAGAUCUGGAUGACAUGAUAAGUGAUAUAUGUGAUGUCCCAGAGCCACUAGACAAGCUAGAGACAGGACCAGUGGAGAGAGUUGUUACUUCUGCCCAAAAAAGAUGCUAUCCUGUCUAUCUGGGAAACAGUACUUGUGCGCAAGGGAUGGCCAGUACAAUGAAUAAAAGAUCCUGUGAUAAACUAAGGUGCACAGACUGUGAUUUCAAGAUAGUAACGUUUGAUAACUUCCAGUGGGCAGCUUCCACGGAUUAUUUAUUUCUCCGCAAUAAUGUUCCUGAUUUCAAAAAACUACAAAAACAGCUUGAUCCAAAGAAUGGUAUGCGAGCCUAUGCUUGCCAGUGUAAAUGGAGAAAUGUGUCAGAAGUCAAAGAUGUAAAGACAGACCAGGACCUAAAAUGGGUCUGUGGCAGACACUGAAAUGUGAAACAAAGAAGCACUUGAGGACACUGCAAUAUGAAGAUGUAAAUGUGAAAAUCCUGAAAUGUGAAGACAGGAAAUGUGAAUAUAUUGCAAUGGGAUUACAAUAUGUGAAAGCAUAAAAAUUUGAAAUCAUAACAUAUCAAAAUACUAUUCUAAGAUAUGAAAGCAGACAAAUAGUUAAAUAUCAGAAAUUUUGUAAGGAAACUAGUCUGAAAACAAAGUUGAGAAAUUUAAAAUAAGUCACACACUAGUCAUGUCCAUUCUCACUCAUUUGCUUAGUCACACUUCAAUCAGUCAUAUUUGGUAAGUUCAGCAUAUUUUGUGUUCUUGUCAAUUAACAAAUGUUUACCGAAUCAUGUUAGAUUGACAAAUAAUUCCUAUAUAUUUAAGUCAAGGAGUUUUGUCUUAUGCAAAAUUUUUUAUGGCAGUGUGAAUCAUGUUUUUCUUACUGUAGACAAAAAAGAGCCUAUUUGGGGGUGGGCAGAGCAGGAUAUGACUUCUAUUUAUAGUUCACCUACAUGAACACGAGAAAAGACCUUUACUUGUACUAGUAGAUACAGUAGAAAACAUUCCAUGCCCAAAAACAUUAGAAGUUCAUUUAUUCCAAAUUAGGAGUGCCUGAUGCACACAGGGUAAAAAAUUGUGCAUAUCGAUCCCAUCAUUAUAUCAGAACUUGGACAGGUUUUAUUUUUACAUUGAGCUGAGAUAUACAUUGGAUGUAGAAUAAGGUCCUUCAGUUUGGUAAUGUUCAUUUGAUAUCAGAUGUUUUUUUUUGUCACAAACUAAUCUUAUAAUUUUAUAAAACAAUAGUUUGUGUAUUAUAAAAAUAUUAGAUUGUGAUAAAAGAACAUUUGAUACCUGAUAACACAGGGCAGGGUUUGAGAGCAUUGUAAAGUUCCUGAUUGAAAUGCUGGUUUUUGUAAUUAUGCAGUGCAAUACUGGGCUCCAUAACUAGCAAGCAUCGCAAAUAGCGAUAUCACCUUUUAUUUCCAGGCUAUUAUAUGGGGCGAGGAAAUCCCCAAGUUAUGGAAUAGAGAUGCUUGCGCUAGGUGGCAAUUUGCGAUGGUUUCGAGUUACGGAGCGCUGAUCCGUCUUCUUAGUCUUUUAUCCUUUCUGGGCUCCCCUGCCCACACUUUAUUUCCAUUCACAUUUUAUGCAAUCUGAUAUUUCAUGGUAGAUGAAGAGAAGUCUGAUUUCUGCAGCCAGUAAGACCUGAGAGUUGAAUUUUUGUGAAUCAAGACCUGGUUUCUAAUUAAAGUGAAUAUUUAUGAACACCAUAUACUCAUUUGUUGAUAAACAGGAGUGGCAAAUGAUCAUGACAUAGCAAGUAUAUAAAACUGUGACUGUACAAUCAUUUUUGUUAAUUACAGAUGUCUUUUUCUCUUGAAAGAAUAGUUUGUAUGAAAUGAAUAAUGUAAGCUUGAAUUGAUGUAGCUUUAGUUCAGUAAGAAUGAAUGUCUUGUGCAAGAUAGUUGUUUUAAUGGAAAUAGAUUAGUAAAUAAAAAAAAAAAGGUACAGUGAAUUAGUUACUAGCUUGUUCUGUAGAUGUGACAGUACAAUUCCUUCUGUAAAAUCCACUUAUAUCUUUUUUGUGUUGGUAUUUAUAUAGUAAAUUAUAUAAUAGUGUUCACACAGUUGACCUUGAAAUCAUGUGAAGUUGUUAUUAGUCAGGUACUUAUUGUAUAAUCAUUUUAUAUUCUGGGUCAAACUUCACAGAACUUUGUGAUCCUGGAUGUUUCUUCAGCAGUCUGUUGAAAUAAGACAAUGGUCAUUUUUAUUAUAUGAGAUAUAUAAUGAUGAACUUAUGUUUUUUUGACUUCAGUUCUGCUUUGAGACAAAGAUUUAGCUGGUCUAGUACUUAGGCAGUGUUAAAAAAAGAAACUGAAGGCUGUGUGCUUGGCAUAUGUGGGCACGCAAUUCAUUUCAUCCGUCCACCUUUACUGUCAUUUGAUAUGGACCAUUUUGUGUAUAAGUGUAUUAGUUUUGGAUUAUUUGUGGAUUUAAGUUUUUUCUUGUAGUAGUCUUUUCUUUACUGUACAGCAGACAUGAUAAACUCAGUUUUAAUUAAUUUUUAUGUUUAAAAAUCAUUUGUUGAUAUAUGUACUUCUGAUGUAAAUUAAGAUUUUUAUCUACAAAUUUAAGUUUAAAGAACCUUACAGAAGAAACGGUAAUUAAAACUCAAAACAACUGUUUGAAGAAAAGUAGUCUUUUUUUACUUCUUCAACAUAUUCACUUUAUUGUAAUUGGCAUUUUUUGUUUUAUUCACUAAAUUAUUGGCAUAAA